UAUGAGUGUGACGUGUGUGGCAAGGCCUGGAAGAAGCCGAGCCGGCUGGAGAUCCACCGGCGGGUGCACACGGGCGAGAAGCCCUAUGGCUGCUCCACCUGCGGCAAGAGCUUUACCCAGUUGUCGGGGCUGCGGGAGCACCGGCGGGUGCACAGCAGUGAGCGGCCCUUCACCUGCUCCGACUGCGGCAAAGGCUUCAAGUGGUCGCCGGACCUGAAGAAGCACAUGCGCCUGCACACCGGUGAGCGUCCCUACACAUGCAGCAACUGCGGCAAGGGCUUCACCCACUCCAGCAGCCUGCUGUUGCACCAGCGCACCCACACUGGCAAGCGUCCCUACACCUGUGCCCAGUGCGGCAAGGGCUUCACCCAAUCCAACAGCCUGCUGGUGCACCAGCGCACGCACACCGGCGAGCGUCCCUACACCUGUGCACAGUGCGGCAAGAGAUUCAUCGACUCCUCCAACCUGCUGAAGCACCAGCGCACCCACACCGGUGAGCGCCCCUACACCUGCGCCCAAUGCGGCAAGGCCUUCACCCAGUCCGGCACCCUGCUGGAGCACCAGCGCACCCACACCGGCGAGCGUCCCUAUACCUGCACCCAGUGCGGCAAGGGCUUCACCAACUCCUACAAGCUGCUGUCCCACCAGCGGAUACACGCCGGCGACCGUCCCGUCCCCAGCCCGGUGUGUGUGGAGCGCUUUGCCAUGGCCUCCCACGACCUGUCUCACCAGCGCAUGCACACCCGUGGCCAGCCUUACGACUGCCUGUACUGCGGUGAGGGGUUUGACAGCUUGCGGGAGUUGCGGCAGCACCGGCGGACACACGCCGGCAAGCAACUGCUGCCACUGUGACGAGAGCAUGGGGGCUGCGGGAGCACCAGCGGAUACACACCAGCGAGAGACCCUUUGUGUGCGCU